GUCAAUGAUGCCGCUCACCGACCGUGACAUCUGCCCAGAAAACAAUCGGUAUCCAUACUGCAUUGUUUGGACUCCGAUUCCAUGCCUGACUUGGUUUUUCCCAUUCAUCGGCCACAUGGGAAUCGCGAAUAGCCGUGGAAUCAUUCGAGACUUUGCUGGGAGCUAUUAUGUGGCGGAAGACGACAUGGGAUUCGGCUGGCCCACAAGAUACUGGCAAUUAGGCCCGGAAAAGGUGGAAGGUGGCGCGGAAGUCUUCGAUAGAGCAGUUCAAGAUGCUUCCGACACGUAUAAAACUAGAACUCACAAUCUCAUCUGCGAUAAUUGUCACUCGCACGUGGCUCUGGCUCUCAACAAAAUGCGCUACGAUGAGCGCGAGGACUGGAAUAUGAUCAAUUUGGCGUGGUAUUCACUGACAAAAGGAAGCUUCGUUCGUAACACGGAUAUGCUCGCUCAAUACCUUCCAUUCGUUAUAAUUGUCUUCAUUUUCGUUGCGCUGUGGGCUUUUUUAUAAUUUUUGACCAUGGGAAUUCUACAAAAUGACCUAUUUCAUUAUGUUUUCCAGCAUAUUUUCAUUGAAAAUUAGAUUUAUCUAGAAACAGCAUUUAUUUCAGCCGAAACAGUUGAGAAAAUGAACAAAAAUGGACGUUUCAGCUGGAAUAAAUGGUAAUUUCAGAGAAAUCGAGGGAUUUUCUAUAUUUUUACACUGAUUUUUCGUGAAUAAUGCUGAAAAACAUGGUUAAAUAGACUAUUUUGUGGAAUAAUUUGAUCUCAUGUAAAAUAUAGUCCAACUGUUAAAUAUUUCGUGUGAUAUAUUAUGUAAAAUGUAUUUU